AUGGAGGAAACUUCUCCUAUGUCAGAAACCGUUCUAAUGGAAAAAAUCCAAAAAUUUUUUGAUGAAUUUCAUUUAAAUGCACUCCAAAGAGCUGGAGCUAUGAAGUUCAUAAAGGAAAAAAUUUCAAAUCCUGAUGACUUAAGUGUCAAUCAUAUAAGAGAAUGGAUGCUGGCAAAGCUAAACAAUAAAAGAAUACCUCCUAUCGCACCAAUGCAAAGAGGAUGCCCUGAAAUCAUACCAGGCUUACGUGCACAUCCAUGGUGGGAUGCAAAUGAAUUUCCAUGGAUUCGGGAUAUAGAAGCCAAUUAUGAGGUAAUCAAAUCUGAGCUGUUAGCUUUAUAUAAUAAAGGAGGAUUUCAGCCAUAUCGAGGCCCUUCUUGGGCUGUAGGCAUUCCAUCUCAAGAUGUUGGCACCCAAAGCCACACAUCUGGAGACUGGAAUGUGUUUUAUUUAUACCUCCACGGUAUGAGUUUUGAUGAAAAUCUUGCCAAAUGUCCAGAAACUGUCAGAGUUAUUAACACUUAUGUUCCAAGGCAUUAUGAGCAUGCUUUUUUUUCUGCUUUAAACCCAGGAACUCAUGUUUUAUCCCACCAUGGACCUACUAAUAAAAAAUUAAGGCUGCAUUUGCCUAUAGUUGAUUUAUCUGGCACCAGAUUGAGAGCUGCAGAAGAAACAAGGACUUUUGAAGAAGGAAAAGUUGCUGUUUUUGAUGAUUCUUUUGAUCACGAAGCUUGGCAUGAAGGGACAACAACAAGAGUAAAUUUAAUUAUUGAUUUUUGGCACCCAGAUUUAAGUGAUGAUGAAGUCAAAUUCUUAAAAAUAAUGCAAAAAUCAAAAAUUCGAGCUGAAAAAGAAAUUACGUCUAAUGAGCAGGAUACAUUUUAUUCUGUAAUUGAAAGAGCAAAGGAUAUUAGGCCUGGAGAUAAUUCAUGAUGGUGUCUUUCAGAAGAAAAUGAAAGAGCCUUAAUAGCAGCUGGCAAUAAAGAAGAGUAA